GAAACAUAUGCGUGUCAUGACUGUAUUUGAUUUUGUUCUUCAUGAGGUGAAAUAAUAAUUAUUUUUUUUUACAUCUGCUUUGGUGCAAACAAGAUGGAACAAAACAUUGCUGAUUUUCUGAACAACACGCUCCCUGAGACAGAUUUUGAUAAUGUACACUUUGAUGAUGACAUUGAAACAGAACACACUGACGAUACAUCUCAAAGACAGCCAGCCAUGGAGGACAACCACAAUAACGGAGAUGCCAGCAAACCUGCUCUAGAUUUUGCUCAGAUUCAGAAUUUAACAAAUGCUGAUAAGGAAGAGGAAACUAAGAACUGUUAUGAGAUCAGUGAGGACUGCUCAUUAGAUGAACAAAUCAUGAAGACAGGAUCUUGGGAUGAUAACAAUUCAGUUGAAAAUAAGAUGCAAGCUCAAGACCAGCAACUGAACGUACACGAUGAGGAACUCAGAGCGAGCGAAUUUGAGCUACAUGCAGACCUCCAUCAAAUGGAAAACAAACAAGAUCAGGCAGAGGAUAUCAGUUUGCUCCAAUUGGUUCCUCCAAAAGGAAUUCACAAUGAUCUGGGUGCAGAAUACCACAUGGUAAUGGAGGAAAAUCUACUGUCCUGCCAGAUGCUAGAUAAACUUGAAAACAUAAAGGAGCAUGUUUUUCAGUAUGCAUCGGAUGAAAAUAAUUUUAGUGGCAUUGUGUCAGAAUUGCACGAUUCCCCAAUGGUCUCAACAGAACACGAAUCUGGAGAUGAGAUAAAAGAAUUUACAGAAGAUGAUCAUGAGAGAGUAGAGGAAGGUUUAGCAGAUUAUCCCUCUGAUUUUUCUCAAAGUGAAAAUGAGGGUAGCAGUGAAAGUCAUGAGGGUAGGAUACCAAAAGACAUGAGUAGAAAGCUGAGUGAGACGCAGGUGGUACACCGUUUCCAUGAGAUGGAGAACAUAGCCACAACUUCAACUCAUAUGGCCACUUUCAAGAACGAAGAGGCAAUAUAUGGCAAAUAUGAUGCAGAGCAUGAUUGUGAGCAUGUCUGUGUAAAUGACCAAUUCCUGAAUGACAGUUUAGAAACAGAAAAAGAUUGGCGGAGGGUUUCAGACUUUGGAGAGCUCUCCGAUUUUGGAAAACUUGAGAAUUUUCUAUCCAUAUCCGAAAUGGGCAGAUCCAGUGAAGGGUACAUAAAUGAGCAGCCUGACUAUGACAGCGAUAUCAGCAGUGAUGGUGACUACAACAAAUGCCAAGAGGAAAAGUGGGAUCCCAUUUCUCGUACAUGUGAAGAGGUAAAGUAUAAUAUAGCUCUCCCUGUACAAGAACACACAUUCACAAAGGACUUUACUGGAGAUUGGAAUAGCACUGAGUACAACAAAGUGGAUAUUGAGGACACAGUUUGUCAGAAUCCAGGGAUAUGUGAUGUAGUAGGUUUGUCAGGCAUUCCAACAUCUCCUGGAGCUGAAAUGGAAGACUCAAGUAUGGAAGCUUGUUCUGUAUAUGGGAUAAACUCUUGCGAAUAUCCAAACAGUAGUAAAAGUGAAUUGAAUCCUUCAGAGUCCAGUUCAGUCAAACUGGAACAAAACAACAAAGAACACAACAGUGAACCAUUAGAAGUUUUAGAUGUUGGAGAAAAUAUCAACGCUUUUCUACCUGAGACGUUUUGGUCCUUGAUGGCUGAGGACAAUCUGAAGCUUGAUGAAUAUGACUGGGACAUUAAUGGAGAAGAGGUGAUCUGUGACGGAGAAGACAAUUUCUUGGAUGAGCUAGAGAAUUAUAAGGAGGGAACUGAGAGGGACUGGCAACAAGCAAGAAUUGAAGCAUUUAACAGAUACUACAAGUCUGCUGAAGGCGAGGUAAAGGAGGGUAGGAGCCACAAAGUUAAGUUUUGUCUGGAUCCAGAAUCUUGUCAAUAUGAGGAGGACAGUGAUAGUGAAGAGGAAGUGAAUUGUGUAAGCGAGUUGCAUUCUUCACAGUCCAGUUCAGUCAGUUCAGACCAAAGUGAUACAGAACACAACCGUGAACCUUUAGAAGUUUCAGACAAUGGAGAAAAUAUCAGCAACCUAGAACCUGAGACACUAUGGCCCUCAACUUUACUGAUGGAUGAGGACAGCCUGAAGCUUAAUGAAUAUGGCCAUGACAUUAAUGGAGAUGACCUUGAUACAAUUAACUCAGCUAAAGUGAUCUGUAAUGAAAAGCUCAUGGAGGAGCUGGAGAAUGUUGGUCAGAAGACAGAUAUGGACUGGGAACAAGAACAGGCCAGAAUUGAAGCAUGUGAGGAGUCUGUUGGAGGGGAACCAAAUUAUACUACAGAUCCGGGACACAGUGUUACACUAAGCUUGGAUCAAGAAUAUUAUCAAUAUCAGGAGAAUAAUGAUGAUAGCAGUGAACAGGAAUCAAACACGGAAGACGAAACAACAUCCAAUAUUCGAAAGACUGUGGACCAAAGUGAAUCUGAUGAACCACAAGAGAUACGUUCAUACAAAGGAAGGCUAAAGAUUAUGCCAAAGGGAUUACAAAAGCCAGGCCAGAAGCUGAAGAAACAAGCUAAGAGCAAGAGGUAUCUUGUCCUACUGAAAUCAGCAUUAGCGGUGAGUCUGGCGACAGUGGUGGGAGUUCUUUCUUACUGGUGGGCCACAGACAGCCUGGAUUGGAUCUACUGAAUUUACAUUAAUCUUGGCAGUUUAACAUUUUUCAAAACAUAAAAAUAAAAAUCAAGGCCUAUCCAUGUAUGCUAAAGAAAAUUAGCAAAAUAUCAAGCUAUGUUAAUAAAUCAGACAAGACAGUAGACUAAGCUAGAACCAACUUUAUUUCUUUACAGGAUGCAAUGUAAUAUUGUAAUGUUUGCAUUUAAAAAUGUUUGAUGUCUUAUAACAUUGUCAUUCCGUAUUACCUAUGACCAUGUGAGUAGAUAAAUAGAUUUGACUUUUACUUGUAAUCUUUUACUUGGAAAAAAAUAAUACCUUAUGUGUGUGGUAUCUUCCCUUUACAGGACACUUACAUUGCUUGCAAAUUAAAACUGACUUUAAUAAAUAAAACAUGACAAAAAUCAAAAAGCAUUGAAUGUCUUUUUUUUUUUUUUACUUAGGGGAACAACGUAUUCCUCCUCCACUGUUUGUACCCAAGAAAGUAAUUAUGACUGCAGUUAAAGGGACAUAUUCUUUUCUUAUUGGAAUGCCAUCUUGUCAUCAGCAAGCUAUAUUCCAUAAACAUGCCAUGCAGUUAAUCGAUUUUUAGGUCAGAUUAUUGUUCAGGAAAUUCUUCAUUACGGCAUAAAAUAUAUUAUAGUGCAAAUUUCCAAAAAUAAAAUAAAACACACUACAUACAAUAGCAUGAAUAUUUCUCCUCUGACCAUCACCAGGGACUUCUGCGAAUAUUAUUGCUUUCUUUUUUUUAUUAUGUCUCUAUCAGAAAGGGCUUUCACUAUAAAACUUAUUCCCCUCCCUUCCUACAGAUAAGAAAUAUAAGAGGGAAACUGUACUUGUAAGGCAUGCACAGCUACUGUAUCAAGUGCUUCUCGUCAUCUUUUUCUUUCGCUCAAAUAAUUUUCUCCAAAAGAGCCUUCCCAUUUAAAGUUUUCAUUAAAUGCUUACAAGCCCUGAUUAACUAAUCAUUUUCAUAACAGUCUCAUAAUGAUUUUCAAAAAAUGAAACUAUCAAAUAAAUAAAUAAAUAAAUAUCUCAUGAAGCAAAAUUACAGUUAUUGUAAGGUAAAGUGCAUUUGAUAUUGCAUUGUUGACCUCACAAAUUAAUAAGAAGAGGUGCCUUGUUUGAUUUUUAGAUAAGAUCCAUGCCAUUAAUUGAAUACUCAUAAUCUUUUCCUUUUGUGAGUGAAAACAUCCUUAUCUGCCAUGUUAUUUUAAGGGUUUCUGAGUGUGGGGUCUUUAAAUCAUAAAAUUUUUUUAUUCACUCUCGCUGCCACCACUGCAAUUGCAUCAAUGCAGUCAGUAGUCACACCCAAGAUGGGAUUUAUGUUUGCCAUUUUCUGAUUGAAAAGGAAUCGUUUAUAUAACAUCCCUCCAAUGGGUUUAA